AUGGACGCUCUUGAAUUGGAGGCGGCCAAGCAGAACCCUGCGCUCCAAACAGCAAAGGAUUUGUUCUCUGGCGCAGUUGGAGGAGUCGCACAGGUCUUGAUCGGCCAACCUUUUGACAUUGUCAAGGUCCGACUGCAAACAACAACCCAGUACUCCUCCGCCAUCAACGCCGCCACUACCAUCUACAAGAACGAGGGCGCGCUCGCAUUCUACAAGGGAACACUCACACCACUCAUUGGUAUCGGUGCCUGUGUUUCCGUUCAAUUCGGUGCUUUCAACGCCGCGAAGCGCUGGUUCCAGGACCGCAACAAGGGCGCUGAGCUUUCAUAUCCCCAGUACGCCGCUGCGGGUGCUUUCGCCGGUAUCUCUAACUCGGUCCUCUCCGGCCCCAUUGAGCACAUUCGUAUCCGUCUCCAGAGCCAGCCUCACGGUGCUGGUCGCUUGUAUAAUGGCCCUGGCGACUGCGUCCGCAAACUCGGAGCACACAAUGGUGUUCUAAGUGGCAUCUACCGCGGCCAGUGCGUUACUAUCUGGCGAGAGGCAUUCGCUUAUGGCUCCUGGUUUACUGCUUUCGAAUGGAUGAUGAACUCCGAUGCUGCCCGCAACAAUGUCGACCGCAAGGAUAUUCCCGCUUGGAAGAUUGCUGUCUAUGGUGGUCUUGCUGGUGAGGUCCUCUGGCUCUCCAGUUACCCCUUCGAUGUGAUCAAGAGCAAGAUGCAGACCGACGGCUACGGUGCCAACCAAAAGUACAGCACUAUGAGAGAUUGCUUUGCCAAGACAUGGCGUGCUGAGGGUGCGGGUGGUUUCGUCAAGGGUAUUGGUCCUACUCUUGCGCGAGCCAUGCCUGUCAGCGCAGGUACCUUUAUUGUUGUUGAGAUGACCAUGCGAGCUCUCAACCGCUAA